GAAAUUCCAUGAGGAAAACAACAGGUGUGCUACAAAUCGCUUGCUUGAAUUUAUAUUAGAGAAUUUGCACAUGCAUGGUAUUAAAAAAGCAGGUCUCUCAAGAGCUUGUGGCAUAAAUUGUAUUGUAAAUGAGCACUGUUGAAACAUUCUUUGCAUACAGUUAUUGGAUAACAUCUCUCUUUUAAGUUACGAAAUAAUAAGAUUUGACAUAUUUCUAACGGCAAAAUUAAAAAAUAUAUAAUAUACUUUCUAUAAAUACAUGUAAACAAAGAUAAUAUUGAAAGUAUAAUUAACCACAAGAAGACAAAAACCAAGCUUUAGUGAAUAAUGCUCAAUGUUAAAAUCAUUCAUUAAAGAAAAGAAUGUCAAAAAAAACUGUCACACCAAGAAAACUGCUGGCAGCUUUUGAAGAAGGUUGUGGAAAGUAUUCAAAGCCAUUGUUGGCAAAGAAUCACAAUGCAGUCAUAUCCCCUCCAGCUCUGCUUCCUGGUGAAACUUUAAUAUUGCAACAAGACAGAGUAACAUGUGUGAAUACAUUAAGUCAAGCAGCAACUGGCUCUAUUCAUCUGACAAACUAUCGAAUAAUAUUUACUGGAAAUUACAUGCAGAAUAAAAAAUUUGUACAUCAAAUGAACGAAGAAUAUCUUGCAACUCUUGGUUAUCGUUACCAACCGAGAAAACAUUUAUUUUACAAAGUAUCUCCUAACUUUCGAAAACUUGUUGAAAAGUCAAAGUCAUUAAAGCAUUAUCGGAAAGUCAAAAGAUUAAUUGAUAAAAGUGUGCCUUACAUGCGAAAAUGUGCAUCGUCCGAUAACUUACUUGAAGGUCAUUUUGGACUUAUCAAUCCAAUCUUCAAUGCAGAACUUGAUGAUAAGAAAGUGGAUAGUAAGAAAGUAGAUGAAAAUGAUGCUGAAGUGGUGAUCUCCAUUCCAAUAUUAAGUUUGUAUGAAAUAAAAAAGUUUCCAAAACAAUACUUAGAGGACGAAAAAUUGCUAAUGCUAAAUCCUGGAAUUGAAAUCAUCACAACAAAUUAUCAGGCUAUCAAGUUAUGUUUGGGAGAAGACGGAUCAUAUGAUGCAGAUGAAUUAAUCAAAAGAUUACUAAGACAUUCUACUGUCAAAAGUCCAUCUGCAGUAUUCGCUUACAUGUAUGCUCGAGGUGUUGUUGUACCGAAGCACUGCAACAUGUUAAAAAAUCAGGAUAGUCCGAACAUAUAUGAACUUGAACGUGAAAUUCUUAGAUUAGACAUAACAGCUUCAAGUGAAUGGAAAACAACAGCACAACUAAUCAACGAUCAGUAUCCUGAGAGGUUAAUCAUACCAAGAGCUGCAAUGGGCCCUGGAAAGCUUAAAUCCUGGGCCCAAUUUCAUUGUAAUAAUUGCUUUCCAAUGGUGGUGUGGAAAGAUAGACAAGAAGGUCGAAUUUUGCUGAGAUCAGCACGUCCCAUCACUCCAAGAGGUUUUGCAGAUACUAGAUGUGUUGUCGAUGAAGAAAUAAUAGCCAGCAUAUGUGCAAGUACGCAAAGAGAAGACAGAAGAAAAUUGGUAAUAUUCACAGACAGUCCAUCUUGUAGUCCGGCAACAAAUGGGAUAUCAGUGAAAGAAGGCGAAACGUACUAUUAUCCAUUUUGUGAGAUUGUUCAUCUGGAUAACAUACCAGACUUGGUAACUACUCAUCAGUCAGGACUUAAGCUUCAAGUGGCUCUCAGUAAAAGUGACGAUAGCAGUUAUUUAAGCAGCAUAGAAGAAAGCGGCUGGUUAAAUGAGCUGGAGAUCUUGCUCGAUUAUGCAAUGUGUAUUGUUGCAUCUUUAAUGAAGGGACAGCUAGCAGUACUUAUGGCUAUUGGCUCUGGAACAGAAAGAGUUGCACAGCUAUCUUGCCUAGUUCAGUUAUUGAUGGAUCCAUAUUAUCGCACUUUAGAUGGUUUUCAGGUGUUGAUUCAGAAAGAGUGGUUAUCCGUGAAAUAUCCUUUUCAAAAAAGAAGUUUGAUGGAUCUUAGUUCGAAAGAAGAUCUCUCCCCUUUGUUUUUACAGUUUUUAGAUUGCGUUUGGCAGUUGUGUCAACAGUACCCAACAACUUUUGAGUUCAGCGAACAACUGCUGGAGCUUUUAGCAACUCAUGCGUAUUCGGGCCGAUUUGGAACUUUUUUGUCUGAAGUGGAAGAUGAGGAUAGUUCUUUGGUUUCUUUUUGGCUUUAUGUCGAUGUAUUGAGACAAAACGAAACAGGUUUAUACAACUUCAACUAUGAAAAACAUAAAAAUAAAAGUGUGCUUCAGCCCAACGUUUCUAUGGUACAUUUGUCGGUUUGGACCUGGUUUACACAACAUAAAAAGGAGGAACCUUUAUUUGUUGCCUCCAUGUUCGCUACAAUGGAAAUGGAAAAACUUCAAAGAGAAUACCGCGAUUUGUUGCAACAACACGACAACCUCCUGCAAAUGAUUUCCAAUUCCGACGCGCACUCUGACAUGCCUGCGUUUAACUCACUGUCGCUGUCACCUAAUUCAGUUCUGACGGACAGCAGCGACUGCACCAGUGUAGUUAGUUUGGAUGAGUCAGUGAACGGGACAUCAUUAGAUCGUAGAUGGCAUUCAGCGGAUGACUUACUGACUUACAACUGGAUGAACGAGGCGAGCGCAACUGUUAGUCGGACAGGUUUUUUUACUACGGACAAAAAAAUGAGUGCUAUUGGAGUAUUGAAACGUCUGCGAAUAAAUACAUUAUCCAAUGGCAGCACCGGAACUGCUGGUGGAUUUAGUUUAGCUGAGCAUUUACUACAGAGAGGAAUAAAUUGCAGAGAAGUGAAGGGUGUGAGAGUGUGUAAUGCAACUUGUAGCGGCUAUCUAGUUAAGCAAGGAGGUAAAUACAAAAACUGGCUUACGCGGUGGUUUGUCGCUGACUUACAGAAAAAAUUUGUGGCAUAUUUUGAAGAACCACUGAGUAACGAACCCAAAGGUUGGUUUGAUUACCUCAGCAUAAAAUCAGUAAACGCGAAGACAUACCGCAAAAAAGGGAAAUUCACGUUCUCCGGUGAAAGUUUUCAAUUUUCUGUUGAAACACACGACAGGACUUACUAUUUGAGGGCGAAAAGUGCCGAUGUUAUGCAUCUGUGGAUGGCUUGCUUAUCCGUCCCUCUUUCCAUAGUCACAUCCUAACCGGAACAACAAUGAGUGUAUUCAUGAAUUCUACCCGUUUUUUAUCAGCCUUCUUUGUGAUGCGCAAGCAAUACAAUGGUUUUCCGUUUAUCGAAACAGUUUUCUGUUUACAACUUAAUGUUUUGUUUUUUUUUCUUGAAUUUGAUGUAAAUUAUAUUUUAUAGAAUGAAAAAUU